AUGGACUCGAUUGAGUGUUUGGGGCAGUCCUUAUAUCUGGAUCAGACAGGACAGAAUCCGACUCACACAGAUAGAUUCACAUUGUUUGAUGAAGGAUCAGACUUCACCGUGACCAUCACUGACCUCCGGCUAACCGACUCUGGCACUUACAUCUGCGCAGUAGACAGAUGUCUUAAAGACACUUACAACUAUGUAACUCUACAUGUGAUUGAGGCUGUUGUUGUUGCUCAAACUCCAAUUGUUGGACACAGAGGAGAGCGGCUUGACAUCAGAUGCCCCUAUGAAUCUGGAUAUGAAUCAAAUUCAAAGUAUUUAUGUAAAGGCAAGUGCAUCUUUGUAUCAAGAAACAUCAUUGUUAGAUCAGGAUCUCCAGCUGAAGACGAGAGAUUCUCUCUGACCGAUGACACGACGGCCAGAGUUUUCACCGUCAGCAUCACUGACCUGAGAACAGAGGAUGAGGGACAAUACUGGUGUGCUGUGGAGAGGACUUUAAAUACUGAUGUCUAUUCAGAGAUUUUGUUGCUGGUUAAAGAGGAUGAGAGGUCAACAGCAUUUCCAACCACCACUCUGUUUUUAAUAACAAGCACAAGUGUUUCAUCAGCUCCUCUGACUCCUCAAACCCUGCUAGCACAGACGUCUGCACCUGACUCAGAUUCAUUUGUCAUCAUCAUCAUCAUCAUAACUUGCGUAGGUUUGGUUUUGCUCCUGAUCUCUGCUGUAUUCCUUGUUGUGGCUGUACGAAAGAAAAAGCAGACUUGUGGUCUGGUUUCCUUCUUUACUGAAGAGCUACAUGUGACGACAAGAAAAGCAGAAGAAAAUGCUUACGAGAAAGGAAACCCAGCUGUUUUCUCAAACUCACACACAGCUCAACGUGAUGACGGUUCUGCCACAAACGAGUUUCACAGACCUGCAAACACAGAAACAGUCGACACAGACCUCGACUACAUGAAUGUUGCUGCUGCUGAGAGAAACGCUGUGGAUCCAGAUCAGAUCUACACAGAACUGAACUCCAGCAGACAGAGUGACGUUUAUCAGAGUCUCAGAACUGAUUCUGUUCAAGAAGAGUCCAUCUAUCACAGUAUUGGUCAAACACUGGACUGAACACUGAAGCCUCACAAACAAUCAAGCAAUGGUAACAGUAGUCUUAAAUAAUCUUGUAGGUCUAAUACAUGUAAAAGAUUGUAAAUAUGAUACAUUUAUCACUGCCUUAAACUCAAGCUAAACAUGCUGUAA